AGCCAAGUGUUCAUGAUAUGAUCCAGCUGGCUUAUAGGGAUCAACAACCCCCUUGUGAAUAAUGGUUAAAAACGGAUCCCACCUGGACAUUGAAACGCUGGCAAUGCUCCAGAAUAAAGCUAUCUCCAUCACCCUCCCAGUUGUGUAUACACUGGUGGCCUUGAUCAGUAUCCCUGGCAACUUGUUCUCCCUUUGGGUGCUCUGCUGGCACAUCAAACCCAAAACACCUUCUGUUAUCUUCAUGAUCAACCUAAGCAUCACGGACCUCAUGCUGGCCAGCUGCUUUCCCUUCCAGAUUUCUUAUCACAUCCAAAGCAAUCACUGGAGCUUUGGCAAGACUCUUUGCAGCCUCGUGACUGUGAUGUUCUACUCCAACAUGUAUUCUUCCAUACUGACCAUGACCUGUAUAAGCAUCGAGCGGUACAUGGGUGUGGUAUAUCCCAUGAAGUUGAUCAAGUGGAGAAGAAAAAGAUAUGCCUUGGCUGCCUGCCUAGGCAUGUGGAUUUUCUUGCUACUAGCCUUCUACCCACUAGAAAGCACAGAUCUGACCUAUGAAGUGAAAGAACUAGGGAUUAUAACUUGUUUUGAUGUCCUCAAAUGGGAUAUGCUGCCCAAUUUUGCAGCCUGGGUAGCCUUUCUCCUCACGCUAUUUGUUGUGCUGUUCCUGAUCCCUUUUGUUGUAACAGUUGGAUGCUAUAUUGGUACCAUCCGGAAGCUUAUUCAGACAUCAAACAGAUACGGUAACAAGCAGAAGACUAGAUCCAUAUACCUGGCGAUGAUAGUUCUUUCAGUAUUCAUCACUUGCUUCGCUCCCAAUAACUUUAUCCUACUUGCGCAUAUGAUCAUCCGCCUGUUUUACGACAGGAGUUUGUACCCUGCCUACAAGCUCACCUUGUGCCUCAGUUGCCUCAACAACUGCAUAGAUCCCUUCAUUUAUUACUUUGCAUCCAAAGAAUUUUACCAGAAAUUCAUGCAAGUGUUUCGUCCUAAGGUACUGCUCAGUGACAGUUUGGAAAACAGAAGGGAAAGCUUAUUCUCUGGCAGGACCAUGUCAGCCAGGUCGAUGUCAAGCGGACCUAUGGAUGGUUUAGAGGGAGUAAACGCCUAUUUGCAAAGGCAGGAAAGUGUUUUUUAGCCUUAGACAUCCCCAGAAGAAAGGCACCUGUGAGAUCCACGAGUAGACACAGAAAACAUUUCUUUUUGAAUGGCUGCACUCAAAAUAUCUUGCUCCAGUGACAGAACUCAAGCCAUC